AUGACCCUCAUGGGUUCUAAAAGCUGUCUUAUGCACAUCAUCAGGAAACUUAUCCUUAACCAUAGCAUAAUUCACAGCCCUAUAAUCCAUGCACAUUCGCCAACUCCCAUCGGCAGCCAAAAACUUGGAGCCAUGGAGAAUAAUGUUCCUAAAAUCGACCUUUCGGCCAGGAGAUCAUCGGUGUCAACGAAAAUUGUAAAGGCCUGUGAAAAAUAUGGUUUUUUUAUGGUGGCCAACCAUGAUGUCCCUUUGAACGUGGUGGGAGAACUAGAACAACAAGGCCUUCAAUUUUUUGCCCGACCAAUGGCUGAAAAACUAAGAGCUGGGCCGGGUACCCCUUACGGCUAUGGCUGCAACCGCAUAGGCCCCAGUGGAGAUAUGGGAGCGUUGGAAUAUCUUACACUUAGUACCAAUCCUGCCAGUCCAGACUACAUCGCUCGGAGAGCCCGUACCAUCUCCAAUCGCCCUUCCAAGUUCUCCUCUGCUGCCAGUGAAUAUGCUGAAGCAGUUAGGGGGCUGGCAUGUAUGCUACUGGAUCUGACGGCAGAGGGCCUGAGGGUACUCAAUGAUACAUCAGUGUUCAGCAACCUAAUCAUGGACGAUAAUAGUGACUCAAUCCUCAGGCUCAAUUACUAUCCACCAUCCAAUGAUCACAGUAUUGGGUUUGGAGAGCAUACUGACCCUCAGAUCUUUACCAUCCUCAGAUCCAACGAGGUGGAUGGCCUUCAGAUUUCUACCCAGGGGAAUUGGAUCACGGUCCCUUCUGACCCUAAUGCAUUUUGCGUUUUUGUGGGUGACACGUUAAAGGCUAUGACAAAUGGGAGAUUUGUGAGCGUGCGACACAGGGCCGUUACAAAUUCACAGCAAACUAGAAUGUCAAUAGCCUUCUUUGGGGCUCCAUCCCUCCAAGCAUUGAUAGCUCCACUUCCAGAAAUGGUCCCCGCCGGCAUGGCCCCUCUCUACAAGCCCUUCACUUGGGAGGAAUUUAAGAGACAGAUGUACUCUGGAUCUCUCCGCCUAGGGGAUGACCGUCUUAACCAUUUCCGAGCAUGA